CUCGGGCGGGCGGGCUCUGCCGCGCCGGUGCCGCCGGGGCUGGGGCACGGCAGAGGCCGCGGCGGGAUGGGGCUGGCUUCCUGAGGCGGGGGGAGGCGGGGGGCGGGAGGGGGCUGGUUCUGCGCUCCGGUCCCUCUCCGCCCCCUCCCGCCCCUCCGCCCAAGUUAGCCGCUCUGCCGCGGCCCCUCCGCAGCGGCUGGCUGCGGGCUGCCCCUGCCCCGCUCCCGGGGCGGGCGGGGACGGCGAGGAGCCGAGCCGAGGAGAGGCAGGGAGCGGCCCGCCGCCUCCCGGGAGGCUCCGCUCCGCUCUGGGGAGCAGGGGGGAGGCGGCUGGCACAGGCGCCCGGCUCCGCCGCCCGCCCCCCGGCACCGCCGCCGUCUGCUCAGCGCCGGCAGCCCCGGGAGAUGGUGACACAUGAAGCGUGCGGGGAGGACCAUGGUUGAGAGGACCAGCAAGUUCUUGCUGAUCGUGGCCGUCUCGGUGUGCUUCAUGCUCAUCCUGUACCAGUACGUGGGGCCGGGGCUGAGCCUGGGUUCCCCCAGCGGCCGCUCCUACUCGGAGGAGCCGGACCUCUUCCCCACGCCGGACCCGCACUACGUGAAGAAGUACUACUUCCCCGUGCGGGAGCUGGAGCGGGAGCUCGCCUUCGACAUGAAGGGCGAGGACGUGAUCGUCUUCCUGCACAUCCAGAAGACGGGCGGCACCACCUUCGGCCGCCACCUGGUGCAGAACGUGCGCCUGGAGGUGCCCUGCGACUGCCGGCCCGGCCAGAAGAAGUGCACCUGCUACCGCCCCAACCGCCGGGAGACCUGGCUCUUCUCCCGCUUCUCCACGGGCUGGAGCUGCGGGCUGCACGCCGACUGGACCGAGCUCACCAACUGCGUGCCCGGCGUGCUGGACCGCCGCGAGAGCGCCGCCGCCAAGACGCCCAGAAAAUUUUACUACAUCACACUGCUGAGAGACCCUGUAUCUCGUUACCUCAGCGAAUGGCGUCAUGUCCAACGAGGAGCUACCUGGAAGACCUCCUUGCACAUGUGUGAUGGCAGGACGCCAACUCCUGAAGAGCUGCCAUCGUGCUAUGAAGGCACAGACUGGUCAGGCUGCACACUGCAGGAGUUCAUGGAUUGCCCGUAUAAUUUGGCCAACAACCGCCAGGUGAGGAUGUUGGCUGACUUGAGCUUAGUGGGCUGCUACAACAUGUCUUUCAUCCCAGAGAACAAGCGAGCACAGAUCCUGCUGGACAGCGCAAAAAAGAACCUCAAAGACAUGGCCUUCUUUGGCUUGACAGAGUUCCAGAGAAAGACUCAGUACCUGUUUGAGAGAACUUUUAAUCUGAAAUUCAUCCGGCCCUUUAUGCAGUACAACAGCACCAGGGCAGGAGGGGUGGAGGUGGAUAAUGACACCAUCCGGAGGAUUGAGGAGCUCAAUGACCUGGACAUGCAGCUCUAUGACUAUGCAAAGGACCUCUUCCAGCAGCGCUACCAGUACAAACGGCAGCUAGAGAGGAUGGAGCAGAGAAUAAAGAAUCGGGAAGAGAGGCUUCUUCACCGGUCCAAUGAAGCACUUCCCAAGGAAGAGACCGAAGAGCAAGGACGCUUGCCCACUGAGGACUACAUGAGCCAUAUUAUAGAAAAGUGGUAGCCUAGGAAGACUUUUAUAUUAAUGAUACUCUAGGGUUUCCAUAUAAAAGAUCAUGGAAGUAAAAUAACAAAACAACAGAAAAAUAUUUUAUUUAAAAGCAACUCUGUAAAACAGAAGAUAGAUUGCUUCCUUAAACAUAGGGUCUUUUUACUGUUUCUUACAAGACCAGUGAGAUUCUUAAAAAAAAUAAAUAAACACAUAAAAAUAAAAAAAAAAAGGGUCAACAUUAUAAUACAGAGGUGAAAAAUGCACAAAUGCGGUUACCCACUCUUUAGGCCAAAUACAAAAGAAUGUUUCUUAUCCUCACAAUUCAAACACAAAUGUCAGAUGUAGGAUUUUUUAAAUCUGUCUCCUGAGCGUAAUGAUAUAAAGAUACACAAUUAAAAAGCAAAGAAAUUGAGGUGUUAUUUUGUGGGUGUUUUUGGAGGUGGGAUGGGAAUUGCAUUGUUUGUAAGUAAAAGAUAACAAUGUUGAGGAUGUUGAGGAAAAUGUUGAGGAAAAGAUAACAAAGUUGAGGAUGUGUUGUACUGUCAGGCUGUGAUCUAAGCACAAGGGCAGUCGCUUACUUUCAGCUGGCAGCCACUGCCAGAAAGUAGAGCACCGUAAGAAUAAAAGAAGAAAAACCUCAGAGGAUAAGAAACAUUAAAUCAAAUUGACUGUGGCCUAGGAUACAUACUUAGCACAGUGGUUUUGAUACAUUGCACUGGUAUCACAUAUACAUACGCAACUUCAUAAAAAUAAUAGGGAGUUCUUGCACAGAGCUCCCAGAUUUGUUUCACAGGCAGGUCCCAAACCAAUUUCAAAGCCAACCAAAUUCCACAUAGGCUCAAACAUGCAGCCCCAUGCCAUAACGUCACCCUACACAACUGCCACUCAUGCCUUCAUCAGCAUAAUGUGCUAACAACAAAUGAAAACCUUAUCCUGCAUGCUGAGAAAGGGAGAACAAGUGAAAUAGCAAUACUCCCUCAUAAGUCUGCAGGACAAGUCUCCAGGAAGGUCUUCAGGAAGACCCUGCAAAUAAUCAGUCAUUAAUGGCAACAUGAUGAGGGGGUGAUCUGGUUUUGUUCAUUGCUAUGUGAAAUGCUGAACUGCAACAAGCAUGCAGAUGUACCCAUACCUGUACUGUUAUUUUUGACUUGGUUGUGUCAAGAGAUAAUGGCCAUAAGCCUGCUUUCAGUGAAGUCACUAGAACGGAUUUAAGUGGGAACAGGAUGGGGCUCUCUUCCAGAGCUGUAAAAAUUUCUGACUAUGGGUCUGAAUUAAUUAUGAGACAGUGCACAUUGUCUUUUGGCAGAGUGCCUGCUCUGCAGCUCUAGCUUUAAAUGAACAAGCUGUGUUCAAAAAACUGGAAACAGGAAUCAUGGAUAAUGUUUUUUUAGUCUCAGACCACUUUCAAAGCAGAGCUCUUUCUCUUCUAAUGCUGUUUUUUAGGGACCCAUGUAAGUUUAAUCCUCCAGUAUGGUGACAGUCUAACCAAGUUCUGCUUACUGACUUUUGAGUCAGAGAACAACAAUGACUUCUCUAAUUCCUCUUCCCACUCGACAAAUUAAAGUAUGGCUUAUUUUCUUGCUGUUGCAAGCAUUUCUUUGUUUGGCUGGAAGCAUGGAAAUGAAGCAGUUUUUGCCUGCUUCAUGUCUCACCCCAUUAUUACUCAGCCUGUUAGUCCUGAACCAGCUAUUGUCUGGGGUAAAAUAUGAAUCAAAUGGAAUAUGAUUUGAUUUUCAAAGGCCAUGGUAACUGCGGAUCAAUUAUGGCAUUGAAAUUCCAGAAGGAGAGGCAGAGAGAUGAUACAUUUGGCUUUAGUGUGUCAUUUUUUGGCGUCUCUCUAAAAAUCACACAAUCACACAAAUCCACUGCAGUCCUGCUUGUUUUGUAUUUUAAUUCUGCUGCCUCUGUACCCUGCUUCCAACAGUUUCAAAUUCAUGCCGAAGUUUGCAAAGGAGGUAGCCACCUUAAGCACAGGAGCUGCCUUGUUUCUUCUGUGUACACCCUGAGGUAUACACCUUGCUUCUGGAGAUGUUCUUCUCCAGAAGAGUGAAGCUGACUAAAAACUUAGGAACAGAAGUUACAAACAGCACAUUGGGUUCAAAUAAUCCUGUCACAUACUUGAUCCACAGUCCAAUGAAGUUGAAGAAUCCUGCUGAUUUCAGAUGAAUGUUGGUCAGGUCUGCAUCCUGGUGCUGCAAAGUGCUUAAGCACACAGUCAUCUUUAAGCACAGUGAGAUGUUCUUACCCGUGCACUCGCCUGUUACCAAUGUUUGCUGGUGGUUGUCACUGUCUUUAAGGUUUUAUUACAAAAUGGCCCCUGCUUCCAGAGAUGCGUAUGCUUGGCCAUAAGCAUUUGUUCCUAGCUGAGAUGUGGGAAGCAAUAUGAAGCAAUUUUCAGUUGUUGGCUUGGGGGCAGAAGGUAUUACAAAUCCAUUUGCUCAUCUCUGACUUUCAAGACUGGGAGGAGCUAUGUUUGGUAGUUCCCAGCGCUUUUAUGUAUUGCUGUAACUAAAGAAAACAUUUAUAUUUUAAAAAUGCAAUUUUACAGGCUGUUUACCCACAAAACCCAAUACGCUAGAUAUAAAAAGCAACUGUUUCAUGUGCACAGUUUCCAGCUUUACCCGAAGGCUCCUCACUGUGCACUCCGUGUCACAGAUCCAUAAUGCACAAAUGGUUCCUGCAGCGAAGCCAUGCUGACAGCGCCCGUCGGUGCGGCUCCAGAAGAGGGCACGCUGUGGACACUCAGGCAGUACUGCAUAUGCCAGUACUGACUUUGAGAACAAGUCUGUAUUGAAGGCCAAAUUCUGCUCUCAUCUGCCAAAAGGUGCGAGUAAAUGGGAAUGUGUAUGAUCAGGACCAGUACCAUAACUGGGCCCAUUUUGCCUGAGUUGUUUCUGUGUCACGGGCUCUGAGUAACCAGCUGGAUUUUAAUGGAUCUGUCUGCAGGGUUCUCUAAACCAGAGGCAGCCUCUGACCCAGAAGCAUGUCAGUAGAAGACCUUGUUCUGUUUUCUUUGUAAUAUAUUACAGUAACAAGCAAAAGAAAUGAAACUACAAAGUCUUGUUAACAGUUUCACUUCAACCCACAAAAGGAGGUCUGACCUCAGCUUAGCACUGAGGCAGGAAUUUGUAGAUUCAAAUCCUGUUCCUGGCAAAUACCUCAGUUUCUCCAUCUGUACAUUGGGAAAGCAAAUGCCCUCUCUGUGAAGAGGUACUCUGAAGUAUGAGAAGGAUAGGACACUUUGAAACAGAUUUUAAGUAUGAAUAUCAGAAAUGAAGAGAAUGACCCAAAAGCCAUCCCACACCCUGACUGCUGUGCUGCUCUGUUUAAGGCUGUAUGCCACAUUUUGAUUUAUUUUCAGUGCAGUGUGCCAGAGCAUAGGUUGCAGGGCAUACCUGGCAUGAUUUUCUUCCUCUAGUGGGUUUAAGGGAACUUUUUAAACAUAAUGUGAAUGUAGCUUUUUUUUUUUUUUUUUUUUUUUUGUGAUUUUUAUGUACUACAGUUUGAAGUGGUACAAUUUAUUUUAUUUUUAGGACAGAUUAUUUGAUGCUACAACAACAUGCAAAUUGUAUGUGUAGUUUUAAAAUGAACAGAGAACAAUGGCUUUAAGGCACUCUGGCAGAAGUAGUGGCCAGACAGUGGUACAUCCUUGUUCAGUAUGUGCCCCUUUCUCCCAAAAUGUUUUUCCUGUGACUUCCAGACAUACCAACACUUUCUUCCCCACAUAAGGUGUUUCUCCAUGGGACCAGUCAAUGCAUCGUGAUCCAGGUCAGGAGAGGCAAGUGAUGGGUACAGUGAAGGCAGGUGCAAGGUUGUGACUGGUCUCUCACUGGAGCUUGAAUCAUAAAAUCAUUAAGGUUGGAAAAGACCUCCAAGAUCAUCUCGUCCAACCACAAAUGGUUCCCCUUGAAUUCAGAUUUUACAUGGUCCUGGGACACUCGGUUGCAUGUCUAGCCCCACAGUGUUUCUGUUGUGUUCCAGGGACACCCCAUGAAGAACCCUUACAAGAGCUGGGACUGUGCAAGGGACUUCUAGGAGUUUAUACAACCAGCAAUACUAGUGUGAGUGAGCAUUUUGGAUAAGCAGCUACCUGGUACCAGGCCAAAGAUGAUGGGUCUUAGCCUCUGCUGCCUUCCGCUGUGCAGACCCUUGCACAUGUGCAAAAGAAGGUGAUGCUGUAAGAGGGGAUUUGCCAGCAGUCUCCCUUCCUGCUUUGGGAAGGUGGAAAGGACAACAUAUGCUGCAAUGCUAAGAAGGAAGAGGUCUUUUAGACACCUAAACAAUGAACUUCACUGCUUGGUAGGUGUUGUUGCAGAAGAAAGCAUUUUAUUGCUUGUUUGUCUCAUUCCAGCUAGUUGUAUUGAAGGAGUUUGCCUCCUACUCAAAAGUUUCCCAGUCAGAUGUCACCUUGUACCCUACCCAGGUCACAAAUACAGGACUGACUGUAAGGUUGUAGACUCAGGCUGUCGUUGGGUUCAAAGACAUUGAGAAAAAAAAAAAAAAAACUCUCAACAAAGGAUCUGUGUGUAUUUCUGGCUUGUCUGAGUUUCACCCUUCAUGGCCAGCAUUUUGGAGUAAAUGGAGAGCAUUUAAGGUUGAUGUUUUUGCACCUGAUAGUCCUGUACUUGCCUACAAAAAAACAGGUGGAAAUGGAAGCAGCAGAAGGAAGAGCCCAACAAGGUUUUUCCUCCUCUCUCCUAUUGCUGUCCAGUAGGAGCAGAAAGGGUAGUGAGCAUAUGAGCGAGGCAGAAGGACCACCUCGGUGGCAGUGUGGACACACAUCAGUUAGGAUGUGGAUGUGUCACUGAGCUCAUCAGACCACUUCACAGAGACCACUGAACAGCUACAGGAAGUAAUGACUGGCAGUAAAAGAACAGGGCCUGAUGUAGAUACGUAUUCUGGGGCUGGAAGCUUCUCUAGCUUCUUAUUCAUGUUUUGAGAUACUCAGACCCCCUCCUAUCCUACAGAAUUUUCUGAAUUAUUACAAAACUGGGUAGUGCUACAGCAAUUGGCAACAUACACUAUGCUAAAUGUUGUAUUUCCAAGGCUAUAGCUUGGAAUGCAACUCAAUGUAUUUGCUGGAUUCAAAUCACAGGGCUCAUGUGUUACCUUUUUGUUCUUGUUUUUGCUAAUAUUAGCAGCUCAUAUUCCAGUGGCAGAAGUGACUGUAGGAUUCAGUGCCUGAUCAGCAAUAGAGCCAGGUCAUUUAGCAGCAGUUCCAGGUAAACCAGCAGGCAGGCAGUAGAGCUUGUGUCUGCACACACAGUCUGAGCUAUCUGUGGCUGUUUGUUUUGUUCCAUCUACAGUUCUUGCCAAGAUUAAUGCAGUCUUGAUAAGCACGUGGAUAUUAAAGCCUGUAUUGUCCCAGCUGCAGGUGAUGGUAUUCUUUGUAAUUUUUCAUGCAAGCUGAAGGAAAACCACGAUUUGCAAAUUAGUCUGUUUUAUCCCUCAAAGCCCCACAGUUCCCCCUGACUGUUUUUCCACAGUUGUCUAUUCUGCAGACUGGAUUGAGAGAGUUGUACAAUAAUGAAUAAUUUUAUAUUCAAAUGAUUUACUGAGCAUGAUUUGUUUUGUACAUAUUGAAAUAUGAUGUAACUUAUUUUUAUUGCCCCUUUCCAUCUUUUUUUUUUUUUUUUUUUUUUUUUUUUUAAUAAGGAAAAGACAAAAAUCCCCACUGUCUCUCAACGUGAAGUUUCUCUGUGUUUGUUUGUAGUCUGCCAGGAAAACAUGCAACAGCCAUAGGAUUUUUCACCAGUCCCUCCUGCUGAUUUUAUUUUUCAUUCUCAUGUUUUUGUCUAAGGCUUUCCUUAUAUUGCCUCUUCUUUCCUCUGUGCUGUACAGUCUGCACAAGAAAAGGAAAGGGCAAUGUAGGCAGAACUUUCUUUUCUUCCUUUCCCCCAUUCUUGUAUGCUUUACCUACCAGGGAACUCCAUUUUUAUCUGCUGGGAGUUAUGUGGCUGAGGGUAAAAAUACAGUAAGAUGUUUCCCCCACCCACCUUCCAUCCUCCAUAUUGUAGAUCAAACAGAUUCAGCUUCUCCAAAAGUGAUUGUGGCUGGAGUCAUUCCGUUAGGCUGAAUGUGUAUGGUUUGCAUUUUUCUUUUCCACAACAGGAACUUAACAAAAAAUAAAAGACAACUGUUCAAUUUGAGCCAAGUAACACUUAAAGCUUUAUAUAUUUAUUUAUAGCAUCUUACAAAAAAAAAAAAAAAAAAAAAAAAAAAAAAAAUCAUUAAAAUUUUUUUUUCUUUUCCACAAGAAAAAAAAAAAAAAAAAUUAAAAAAAAAAUAAUCUAAUUGCUUUUGUCUAGAUCAAGAAUGAAUGUUAGCAGAUGAAAUAAACCCUAAAACUGAG